GGGGGUGACGGUAGUGGGGAAGCGUCGGUGGGGGUGGGGACGCGGGACUGAGCUUUCCCCGGGCCAGUGUCUGCCUGACCGAACCCCUCCUCCUCCUGCUGCUCCCCCUACCCAGCAGAAGCCAUGGCUACUACUAUGAUAGCAGUCGGUCUGACAAUAGCUGCUGCUGGAUAUGCAGGUCGUUAUGCACUGCAAGCAAUGAAGAUAAUGGAACCACAAGUAAAGCAAGCUCUUCAGUCGCUGCCAAAAUCUGCCUUCAGUGCCUACUACAGAGGAGGAUUUGAACCCAAAAUGACCAAGCGGGAAGCUGCUUUAAUAUUAGGAGUGAGUCCUACAGCUAAUAAAGGAAAAAUCAGAGAAGCUCACAGACGAAUCAUGCUCUUGAAUCAUCCUGAUAAAGGAGGUUCUCCGUAUGUCGCAGCCAAAAUUAAUGAAGCUAAAGACUUAUUGGAUGGUCAAGCUAAGAAAUGAAGACACACCAUCUGAUCAAUGGCUUUAUUUUUAAAAUUUAUUCUUAUUGUUGACAAAAGAUGAAGUUUGUGCCAGGAGGGACUGUUUGCUCCAGUAUUGGUCGUAUCAUUCAUCUUUUUGCUUAUAUUUAGAGACCUGAAUCUAUAUUCAGGUGUGAGUAAUGGAUUAGCAAGGUAACACCAACAUCCAAGACUGGGUUGCGAAAGAAACCACAACCACCUUUUAAGUCUCAUCAUGUAGUGUUUUGAAUUAAUUUAUUUCAAAGUCUGGACAGUUGUACAAAUUGCCCUUUUAUAAAACGUCUAUCUUGUUUAUUCCCAUCAUGAAAUUCCUAGCUUUUUAUAAUUGCAAGUUUCAAAGCAAUAAAUUUGUUAUAUUACGUCUGUAAAACACUUACAUUGACCAGAAACAGAUCUGUUUCCAGGCUCUCUCCUUCUUUGAACCCUUAAAACAGCUGCCAGGCAUGAGGACUGAAUUGGGACCUCCCCACAGUGUACCCUUGAAAGCAAGGAUGGGGGAGCCUGUGGCCUUCCAUAUGUUGUACAUCAUGCUGGCUGGGGCUGCUAAGAACUGGAGUUAAUCAUCCUUAGUGGGGCCAUUGGUUCCGCAUCGCGUUUCAACAGUCUUAGUAACAAGAAAAACUUAACCUGAAUGUCAUCCCCUCUCUCAAAAUCUGCAUCUUUGAACAUCCUGAAACAUCAGUGAAUGCUGGAGAAUGGAAGAGCAGAAAUAAAGCAGCCAGAUCAAAAUCA